AUGGACUCCUUUCUCUCGAGAAAACGACCUAGACUCUCAAGCCCGGAACUAAGCACGAGCCAGAAGUCAUCACAGCCCGAUGACUCCACGGACAUGAAGUUAGCAAUACUGCUAUCACUCUUCCCGGUUAUCAAACAGGAUGAGCUGCUGGAUAUUCUUGUCUCAUGUGAUGGGUCGGUGGAAACUGCAUCUAAAAUGCUUUCUGCACAAGCCACAGUGGACACACCCUUCACCAAGAAGCGAACAGCUCCUGUCUCGUCACUCGGCAUGCAAACAUCACUUUCGUCGCACGUAUUUACAACAGCCGAAGACGGAACCAUGAAACCAAUCAAUGAAAUUGCAAAGAAGAGGCGACCGCCACCAACCAAGAAGGGCCAAACUCUCCACCUUUACUCACCCGAGGAUAUUGCAGCCAAUACACCCUGCACGAUAGUCCAUAAUUUCCUGCCCACUCAUGCAGCAAACGCACUACUGGAAGAACUACUAGACGAAUCAAAACAUUUCCAGCGGUAUGAUUUCCAACUUUUCAACCGUACGGUGCAAAGUCCUCACACACAUGCCGUGUACGUCUCCACGCCAGAGGAACACCGUCAACAAACAUCAGAAUACACGUACGGCGGCACAUAUCGAUCAAACGUACGUCAGGCCACGCCAAAGCUCCGCUCAGUAUCAAAACAGGUACAAACCGUUGUCAAUGAGGAGAUCCAGAAGCGAAUCCGAGACAUCUAUCCAGACGGGAAGAAAUUACAGUACCAAUCAUCGAACGAGUGGAAACCAAAUGCAGCAUUCGUUAACUGUUACGAUGGACCAACCGAGAGUGUGGGCUUUCACUCAGAUGAACUCACCUAUCUGGGACCACAUCCGGUGAUAGGAAGCCUAAGCCUGGGCGUGGCCCGUGAGUUCCGCGUACGGCGAAUAGUAGCCCAACGAGAGGAUGAGGCCAGCGAAGAAGCAAUUGAAGACAAAAGCACGAGUCCAUCUUCAAGAUCUACAGAAAGCCAGAAUGCAUGGGCUGCACGUGCAGAUGCCCAAGGCCAGAUCUCUAUACACCUUCCACACAACUCACUCCUCAUCAUGCAUGCAGAAAUGCAAGAAGAAUGGAAGCAUUCUAUCACCCCUGCGCAGACCAUUUCUCCACAUCCCAUUUCCGGAAAUCGUCGUAUCAAUAUCACAUAUCGCUGGUAUCGGGAUACUCUGCACCCACGGUAUACCCCACGCUGCCGAUGUGGCCAGCACGCAAUCCUCCGAUGCUCACAACGCAAGCAAGAAUCCCGUGGUCGGUAUAUGUGGAUGUGCUAUGCGGGGUUUGCGCCAGGGAAGGAAGGCUGCACGUUCUUCCAGUGGGCCGAAUUUAAUGACGAUGGGGACCCGGUUUGGGAGAACAAACAGAUCGACGAUGUUGCGCCUACACUCGCAAAUUUCUCGGCAUCGCAAUAA